AUGGAGCUUCUGAAGCUCUCCAAAUUCAAGCUCCAACUGAAGGCCUUAAUCUCCGAAGUCAAACAACUCCAAGAAAAGGAACGAUCGGCUAGCGAUCAGGUUCAGUUCAUGAUUCAGAAGCAAACUCAGAAGGACGAGGAAUUCUGUCGUAAGAUAGCUGAUUUGCAAGCUGAAUUAGGGUUAUCAAAUGAAAUCCGGAAAAAACUUGAAAAGAAGGUGACUUUUCUCGAGAGUGAAAAUUGUAUGCUUGAGAAUAAGCAGAAGGAAUUGAAGGAGACUAUAACUGGCCUACUUCAAUCCAAAGAUAGUUUUGUUCAAGUAUAUGAGGACUCUUAUGGUGGAUUGAAAAGAGAAAUCGAAGACAGGGAUAGAAAGAUUUCUAUUCUUUUGGAGAAGAUCAAAGCUCAUACACAUCUGUUCAACAUAAUUGAAAAGGAUGCUAACUCUAUCAAGCAGGUCAUGAAUAAUGCAGAUCGGAUUGUUAAAGAAAGAGAUGAAGUAGUGGCUAGUUUCAAGAGAAAGCUAGAUGAGGUUUCUACAUGGGAGAAGCAAUUUUUUGAAAAGAUUAAUAACCUUGAAAGCCAACUUAGACACUAUAAAGAGGAGCUUAAAAGAAAGGAUAAAAAUAUUUUGGUAUUGGAAGCACAACUAGAGGUUGCAAAUUUUAGCGAAGACUUCCAUCCCAGCGUCGACGAGAUAUCCUUGAAACUGUUGUACUUUCUAUAUAUUUCUUUUAAUGCGAUAACUUCCAAAGAAAUAAUCAUACAGAAUCUAGCCUUGGAGAAACAGGCUUUACAAUUUGAGGUUUCUCGUCUUGGCUUUGUCAUGAAGAAGUUCCAAGAUGCUAUGUCACGCAUGGACGAAGAGGAUAAGAAAGCAUUUUUCUCAACAUUGGAUGCCCCAGAGGAAUGUGCAACAUUAACAGGAAAUGAAGUGAAUUGCUCGGAAAAUGUUGGAACAACUGAAGAUGUCUAUAAUCAAAAUAUUCCUGCAGAAGCUGUGGGAAAUUCAGGUUCGCCAGAAUGUCAGAUGUGCUCUACUCCUACAGCAAAGCUCUUGAAUGAAUUCGAGCUUAAUUCCAGUGUCUCUGAGGCUGCUCAUUUCCCAGCAAAAUCUGCUUCCGAGCCCUCAAAAUCAGACGCCGUGGAGGACUCUUGCAGUAGGGGUGAGCACGAUGAAGAUCAUUCACCGGCCUAA